UAUUUUCCUCUAUCCUUUUAAUAACUUUUCACUGAGCUCAGUGCUUGCUGUCACUCAGAUCUUUGGGCGAGCUCGAGGAAUGGCUAGAGCAUGGCUUGUAAACAGUCGUGGAAUUGCUAAAAAGGUGAAGAAUGCAACCCUCUAUUCAAACUAUCAAAUCAGAGAACUUGGAACGGAAGCAAAUCGUGAAUGUCCGAAUUGCAAGUAUGUUAUUGAUAAUAGUGAUGUUUCUUUGGAUUGGCCUGGCCUUCCUGCCGGUGUAAAGUUUGACCCCACUGAUGUAGAACUUCUAGAGCAUCUUGCAGGAAAAGCUGGAGUGGGGAAGUCCAAGGCCCAUAUUUUCAUAGAUGAAUUCAUACCAACACUUGAUGGGGAGCAUGGAAUUUGCUAUACACAUCCUGAGAAUCUUCCUGGUGUCAAAAAAGAUGGAAGUGGUGCUCAUUUCUUUUACAGAACAUCAAAUGCAUAUGCAACUGGAUGUAAGAAGCGCAGGAAGAUACGGAGUGAAUACAGUGAGUCUGAAGAACGUGUUAGGUGGCACAAAACUGGUAAAACCAAACCUGUGGUAGAGAAUGGUUUUCAGAAGGGCUGGAAGAAGAUAAUGGUUCUAUACAAAAGUUUUGGGAAGGGCUGCAAACCAGAUAAGGCUAAUUGGGUGAUGCAUCAGUACCAUCUUGGGACAGAUGAAGAAGAAAAAGAUGGCGAGUUCGUUGUGUCAAAGGUUUUCUACCAGCAGCAUACGAAGCAAGUUGAUAGGGCUGAUACUGAAACAUUACUGAAUGAAUUAGUUAGUUCAAAUAUAAAGUGCGGUCCAAGAACACCAAAAACAGUUGCACCAGAGCCGCCUCGGGCCAAAAUGAAUUCUUUAAGUGAUGUUGAUCAACAUGAUCCUCUACCUUUGCUAGUUCAUGAGAAACGUCCAGAAGAGGAGUCAGUUCCAUCACCAUUGCCCAUUGUCCUUCUGAAGGAUGAACGUUUUGGUUCUGCUUGGUGGGCUGGGGAAUCUCAAGCCAUUCAGGAACCAGAGACAGAGAAGAUUGACGAGUCAUUGUUUUGUCAUGAAGUGCUUUUUCCUUUCACUAGCAUUGGAGGAUCAUUUCUACAAGUUGACUCUCGAGUUGUUGCUGAUGGUAAUAAAGAACAGCUCACACGAGAUGUGAACUCAGAUGAUGGCCUCCCUAGUCUCGAUGGCAUAGAUAUGGACACUCUGUCAGACUUUCAUCUUUCCGACUUGCAAUUCGGUUCUCAAGAAAGCAUCAUGAGCUGGUUGGACCGCAUUUGAUGAUUGGUAUGCGGCUGAUGUUUUGGAAUAGCACGAAAAUCAUCUGAUUAAGGCCAAGUUUUGCGUUCUGCUUAGGAUUUUGAUGAUUCUCAGAAAAGUUACUGAGGCCAAAUUUUGAGCUCAUAAUUCAGCACUUUCCCGAACCAUCAAGCUCUUAUUCAUAUAGCAUGGUAGCUGAGAAUACCAUCUAUAAUUCAACUUUGUAAACUGGCAUUAGUUAUUCUAUUCCAUGUUGCUGAAUCAGAAAAUUCUAAUGCCUAGGAAAACUUGUUUUGCAAAUCAAUGGCUCUUUCAUUGUUUUUUCAGUGGUCAGGCUGCAAUGGCUAUUCCCUGUAGGACUUUUGUAUGUGAACAAACAUGUUUUUAAUGUUUUCUCUCUAUCCACUAACUUUUGUUUGAAACUUGUAUUUAAGUUGAAAUGGU